AUGAACCAAUUUUCGCCGUACAGUGAGGAGGAUGAUCACAAAGAAGAAGCUCGAAUUACCGACAAACAGCUGAUCGUGAUGGCGAAAGCCAUAAAAGUGAAGCGAUACAUGAGAACCAGGAUAUGUUCAGAACGAUUCGAUAACUGGAAGCAACAGAAGCUGAUGUUCAGUUGUUUUGGACAUCGUGAAGGCUACUGCAACAGUUCAAAAAAGUCACAACGUUCAUCGAGAAAGGGUAAGCAUUCGGUGGCCAGCAAAAUGGUCGUCGUUAAUGUGUGCAACGUGCAGAAGCGGAGGAGAUUCGUUUCCGUUGCCCUUGAUGGAACACAGGUUCGUCUUCAGUUGGACACGGCUUCCGAUAUUACCGUCAUCAGCCAGCAGAUCUGGAAGAAAAUUGGCAGCCCAAGGUUGUCACCAGCAACAGUAAAAGCCAAGGCAGCAUCUGGAAACAUUUUGCCACUUGAUGAAUGGGCAGCGCCGAUCGUCGUAGUGCGCAAAGCAAAUGGCAACAUUCGAAUUUGCGGAGACUAUUCAACAGGUCUAAACUCCACUUUGCAACCUCAUCAGUAUCCACUGCCACUCCCGGAAUACAUCUUUGCCAAGCUGACUAACUGCAAAAUAUUCAGCCAGAUUGAUCUUUCGGACGCUUUUCUACAGGUGGAAAUCGACGAACAGUACCGUCAUUUGCUGACAAUUAACACACACCGUGGUCUUUACCACUACAACCGCCUUCCACCUGGUGUAAAGGUAGCACCUGGUGCUUUUCAGCAGCUCAUCGAUACCAUGCUAGCCGGCCUUAAGGGCACUUCUGGUUAUCUCGAUGACGUCAUCGUUGGCGGUGAAACACAAGAGGAGCACGACCGUAAUUUGGAAGCAGUUCUUCAGCGGAUUCAGGAUUUUGGUUUUACCAUCAGAGCCGAAAAGUGCAGCUUCAGUAAGCAACAGAUACGCUAUUUGGGCCAUAUAUUCGACCGACGUGGUAAAUCCUGA